AUGAGUAGCAACAGCAACGAGGGAAAGACAACGACAGCAUCGGUUUAUCGCUUACUGCAGAAUCCGGCACCGAUAUGCAUGUUUUAUUUUGCACAUCCCUUUGGUAUUGCUUCACCGGCCAGUGGCGUGAAGUUGGCCCAAGUUCGCGAUAAUGCCACCAACGGAUGCCAUAAAAACGCUUGCCUGGCCGAAACCAACGCUGGCAGUAAGUGUACCAUCGGCAAUGGUACGGUGAAUGGUGAGCAAAAGCUACGCAAAUCAAACGGAAAGGUAGCGGACGGCGGGCGGAAUCCUUCCAAAUCACAGCGGAAAAUUAAUGGCAUGUGCGGCAGCGGCGCGGUGGUUGACGGUGACUCGAAACACCCGUCACAUCAGUCGCACCGGGAACCACAGCGGAAGCAUAGAAAGCAUCGGACCCACCGUAGGAUAAGCAACUUUGAAAAGUUUCUGCUCGAAAUUCAACAUUCGCACACGUGUGGCCGUGGCUCGUCGAAGGUGCGGCGCAUCGAUCAAGAGGAUCGUCUAACACCGCUCGUACCGUGGCCGAGCAUCAUCUGGAAUCGGGAUUUUAUCAUUCCGACGCUACUGCAAGCCUUGGCCCAGCAGCAUGGUCGAAAAAUUCCCGACAUCGAGCAGAUCCUGCGUACGGUUCGAUCUGCCUGGAAUACACCGAAAUCACAACGAUCACAUUUGCAAAGCCAAGACAGCCGCGAGUCAUCCGCAUCGAACUGGGACCUAUCGAGCUUGUGCGAUAGUUGCAGCCUUAACACAGUUCACCAGAGAAUGGGAGCGGGAACGUACGCGAAUGCGGCCAGCCCCGGGCCGGGAUUACUUCGGCGGCGCUAUUCGGUGCCGGAAAUCAUUAUGCGCAAGCAUACACUGGCACAGCAGAAAACAGAUGAUGAGUCCCUGUGGCUGCACCAUGACACCAAUCACAAUGUGAUCGAGGUGGUGGUCAACAAACACACGGGCACGGCAUCGGCCCGCGGAAUACUGAACGGACGGUUCAGUGGUCCGCGGACACCGCCGCACCGGAAGUCCUUCGGUUUGCGACAUCACCGGGAGCACCACGGUUCCAUGACUGGUCGCAGUAGUAGCGUGGAAAGUGGAGGCGGUGGAACUAACGACUGGUUGACGGGGACGGUACAGACGGGAACGCACACCGCAACCGGUUCGGACCCGUACCUGGCCGCGCUGAAGCAUCGGAAUCUGGCUGGCGGACGGUGUAGCAGCCCGCUGUGCAAUGGUAUCGGGUCAAGCCGGACCGUGGCCACCGGGACCGGAGGUAGUUUACGAUCUAUCCACAAUAAUUCUCUCAGUUGCAGUAGCGCUAGCAGUGUGAAUGGACCCCUUGCCAAUGGUAGCGUCGUUGGUGGUGUUGGUGUUGCUGGUGUUGCUGGUGGUGCUGGUAGUUGUGGUGGCGGUCAUCAGCAGCACUAUCCCUUGGUACCUUCGUACCGGGACAGUGACUUCUCCAUGCGAAAGACGACGCUGUUGCGACGCAUGUGGAGCCGGGAGAUGCGGCGCUACGAACGCUCCGGUAGCUGGUCGCCACCGUUGCGCCAAAUGCCGCGCCGCAUCUACAGCGUCGAAAGCAUCAUCGCCUCGGUCGAAGGCCAUCAGAGUCCAUCGCGUGCGGACGAUAGCGAGAGCGUGCUAGGGGAACGGGUGCCGGGCCGUCCAGGCAGCAGUGGUAGCGGCAGCAGCGUCGGUAGUGGUCGUUGCGCUACCACGGCAACGACGACGACGACUGGCACGACCGACACGACCGGUACGACCUCGUGCCUGGAGUGUGCCAGGCUCGAAAGUCAGUACAACGGUGGCUUCGGUACGGGCAAGAAGUUGCUCUCGCGUACGCAUUCCCGGGAUAUCGAACGUUCAGGUCCAGCUUCGGGUAGCCAGAGUCCGGUUCCCGUCUCUCCCGCACCCUCCGAACCGGCCACGGUCGAUGACCGCCGGCAACGGCACCGACGACGCAUGUGUUCCUCGCAAACGGCCGACCUUGGCGAAUCGGAGCCGAUCAUACUGGCAGCUGUUUCGGCUGCGGCCACAACAGUCCUUGAGGACGGACACGAGCGGGAGGCCGUUAACCACGUCAACGAUCGCGACGUUGACGACGAGCUCGAGGACGAGUAUCCGUCGCACAGUAGCUCACUUUCGUCGAUAGCGUCGCAGUCGUACCGCGUAUCGUCUGCAGCGCGCGUCCGGCCGGACAACGAGAGUGAUUUAAGCGAGUUCCUGCAGCAGGAACGGUUAGCCGCUGCGAAUGGCGAUGGGCGUGAUCGCACGGCUGCUCGGGAAGUUACUUCUGUCCGCCCUGGUAGUGCUGAUGCUAGCGAUUAUCCUCGAGAACGUGCUCCGGCUGCUGAUGGCGCUGCAGGAGCAACAGCAGCAAGAGCUCCAGCAGCAGUCGAACCUUCCGCACCGGCAGCAGUAGAGCAACAGUUUCCGUUGGGUAGCAGCAAACGUCGUCCGAGUGAGGACAGUAGCGUUGCGCUAAGUGCUGCUCUGUCCGAAGACUCGGAUUCCAGUGGGGACGCCGGGGACACAGGGGUUGAUGGCCAAACGGCCAACGGUGAUGCUGACGCAGAACGUGCGCGAUUGGAUGAGUAUAUUUCCGGAUUGCUGCUGGAAAAUCUGAACAAUCUUGCCGACGCUAAAGAACUCGUCCUGGCAACUGAUAUCCGUGACGGUGAGACCGAGAUACUCGGUGUUUACAGUGAGCGCCGGGCACAGUUGAAGGAACCGAAACAGACGGCGACGGAAUCUGAUCGACAGAAUAAUAAUCAACUACCCGCAGCGGAACCGCAUUUGGCUGGUACUAUGAAGCAAAAGCUUACGGAAAAGUACAUCGGUGAUGGUGGUGGUGUGGUGUGCAAUUCUCCCCCACAAUCAGAUAAACGCAAACUUUCACCCAAACUUGGUGCGGGGGAGGGAGUGGAAUGUGAUAAGGAGAAUGAGGAAGACGUUGCUAACAAUAACAACAAGAACAGUCAUAAUACUAAUCAAAACAAUAAUAGUGAUAGUGACCCAGGUGAGCGUGGUCAUCGACGGCAGAAGCAUCGUUCGAAAGGGAACGGUUUCUUUUUAAGAUCCGGCAGCAGAUCACCUCGAGCAAUUGAUGCAACAAUCAAUGGCGGUGCGGCCGAGAUAGAUCUGAACGGCAAAUAUUACUUCCCGGCGUACGGGCUGGAAACAGAUCCGUCCGACAAUACGGACAUUGCGUCAGAACCGGAAGGAUUGGUGCUGGGCAAGAUUGGCACGGGCUCCACGUAUGAUCGCGGGUCAGUGGUAGUUCCACGCUUUUCCGCCAUGCCUCGCACAGAAUCGAUGGAAGUUCAACCGUCCUCUACCAAUUCGGCGGAGGAUGAUGUCGACGGUGCUGAUGGUGCCGGCGAAGGAGACGAAGAUGAUGAGGACGAGAUCGAUGAUUCAGAUGCGAGUAGCCUGGUGGACAGUUUGGAUGGAUUUGGACCACCGCAGUUGAUGGAGUCUGUGGCGCGUUCCAGAAAGUCUAGACAACCAAAGGCUGAGGUAGUGGAGUCGACUACAAGCUCGACCGAUCGGUCGCCAAGGCACGAAAAGGGUGAAGCGUUCUUCGUGCCGAUCCAUGCCGAAACGACGGCAGCCUUACGCAUCGAUGAGCGUGUGGUCGUAGCUGAUACGAUGCCGCUACGCAUCAAAGAGCGGCUAAACAACCGACGGCGCUUGAUGAAGUGGAAACAGGAGCAGGAGAAUCUCAAGAAACAGCGCAAAAUGAUGCGUAUGAUCGAACAGAAGCGAUUCUACGGCGAACCGGCAAUACAGGUGAUCAGCACAAUCGACAAGUCGAUCAGCCGCAAGGAGUUUAUUCCACCCGGUGCCAAGAAGAGUGUGUUUGGUGGUGGUGCCAGUACUGCGGUAAUACGUGACACAUCCACGCCUUCCGGCCCUACACCUUUCCGGGCGAUGAAGCCGAAAAAGCGCGCUGGAGGCGGACCGGCAGCCACGGGGUCUGCAUUGCGCUCCGAGCUGGGCAUGCUGGAAUCGUACAAGAUUGAUGGGAAGGGUAACAUGCAGAUACAGACCACCGCUACCGGUGCCGGUGGACGAAAAGGCGGUGCAGCUCCACCGUUAGUCACAGCCAAAAGUCCAUGGGGUAUGACAACCGAGAAGCGCCAGGGGAAAACACCUCAAACGCAGUCCACUGGUUCGACUGCGGUUGGUAGUUCCGGUCGUACGAGUACGGGCCGGACAGGUGCUGGAAGGGGGCCACCGAGCACUGAUGGACGGCGUCGGCAGCAGGUGCUGAAGGAUGUACAACAGAUGACGCUGUAUCCACAGGCGGAUCUGACGCCGGAUAUUGAAGGCGGACCGCGUCGUGUGUAUCAGAAGACAGAAAUCCAGGAGGGUGACAAGCACAUCGAAAUACUGGAGAUAGUGGAGUGUGCAGACAGUGCACCGCGGAACCGCCAUGGAGGCAGACCCGCUCGUGCACACAGUGCUGGCCGUCGUCACGAGCGCGGUAGAGGUGAUUCCGGUAGCAGACACCGAUCACGCAUCCCUGUUCCGAUCUACCGGUUCGGACAGUACCGUCGCAGUACACAUUCACGGGACGGCAGUCCACUUUCGACCGGCAGCAAUCCAAAGGUAGACCGGAUGAUUGCAGACCUGUUGCUGGAGGCGUUAACCAAUCCGGAGGAGGUCGGCGUGAAGUUGGUCCGCACGCCGGAAGCUCUGCGGGACGCAUCCCGUUCGUCGUCCAAAUCCCGACCAUCGGGUGCUUCCACGUCCAAGAAGUCGGCCUCCACAGCUAGUAACAACAGUGGUGGAAGUGGCACUAGCGGGAACAGCAACAAUAACAACCUUUUGACACCGCGGCGCACAGCCAGCGGACGCUACACGCAAAAGUUUGAGGUAAUCCCGGAAGAACGGUCCAGCGUUUCGAUCGAGUCUUCCACUGAGGAGCUAUCCACCGGUGGCGGUGGUGGUGGCCGUAAGAAAGGUCCUCACCCUUCACCGCGGCGCGUCAGUUUCGAUGAAAACCAUCAGAUACUGAACCGGGACGAGCUGGAGGCACCCGCUGCAACGACACUCGUUGUUCCGAGUCCCUCACCCAAGCGUCAACCGGUAACAUCGUCGCCCGCGAAAAGUCCAACCCGAAGCCAACCGGUGGCCGGUGUCAAGAAGCAGGGCACGGCUACGGUCAUGACCAGCGCUGGCAAAACUAGCACGACCAACACCAACACCACAAUCACGACCAGCCGGGGCAAGGCGGCUAUCCAGAGUGACGUAAUCGAGGAGAAGGGAUGGAUCGGGUUCAGUACCCAGCACGAGGACAUGGCCACCCCAGUCCACAACGGACAGGAUGAUGAAGACACAAGACUCCACAUCGUGCCGCGUGGCGCACUAGAGCAAGCCCCUUCCCGUAGCCCACCGCACAUCGGUAGAAGUGUAGUAAGGACGAUCACCAUCGGCAACUGUGUGCCGGAGGCGAUCGAACACGAUCGGGCCCGUGUACCCGCCCAAUCGCACAUCGUUUCUAAUUCCUUCCACGGUGAUGGUAUCGCUCUCGGUGCUGAUGACGCGACCGACGACAUCCGGGACGCUCGUCACCUCUCCUCCACAGCAGACUCAUUCGUAACGGACAGUUUGAAUACCAAGCUUACCCCGGUCUCCGGGCCAUCGUUUCCCUCACUGCCCUCGUCGGCGCUGCGGUGUUGCGAACCAAAUGGCGACAAAAGCAAGCGAAGCGGUAAAGAUACGGGUGAUGUAGUGUCGUAUCAGCAUCACCAUCAUCAUCGAUUACCAGCGCCACCGUUUCAGCACCAGAUACGCGAGGAAAAUGCCUGGCAGGUGUUCCAAACGGGCGACUGUAAGGUGAUCCAGUCGAAGAUCGAGUACUACGAAACGUCCAUUCACCGGACGCCCCUUACUGGUGGUGAUGGGGGUGAAUUCUACACAUCAGAAACAACCGCCCUGUGUCCGCACACGGCUCCACUCUCAACCGCGGACUCGCUGGAAGAGUUGGCUCGUUCGAGUACGGGUGGCUCGUGGCAUCGGCAACGCACCACCAGCUUCGGUGCCGGUUCAGAUGCACCGCCUAAAACGUCCGAUACGACAUGUUCCUCCUGCUGCUUCUGUAAUCCCGAACUUCACACACAUGGUAGCAGCAUGAAAUCGAUCGCUGACGGAUGUUUCUACUGUCGGGCCAAACUUGGACAAUCGCCUACCCGUAGUUUCCCCGCCCCGCCAACACCUCCGAACAUACAGACAUCGCCGGUUCCACCGUCUCCACAGACACCGAUCACCGAGUUAACGCCAACACCUUCCCUGCACGAGAUAGCCGUGCCAGUGCGCAAGAGUUCACUCGCACGCCCACCCGGAAAGGAUGUUAAGACAACCGAACCGAAUGUACCACCAUCUCGCGAGGACGCCCCGUCUAAGAAGGUUGAUGUACCGGCUAGAACAAAACACGCAAAACCUCCCGCGGAUGUUUACUCGGACAAAGCAGGCAAGCGUUGCACGGCUAAAAGCACAACCACCGCAACAACAACUACGGUGACUGGAAGUGAAGAAGGACCGCAAAAGCCACUGCCACCAGUGCCCGGAGCAGCAACUCCCAAGAUGACACGUAAAAAGGCAACCGAACCGGGUGGCGUCCUAAAUCGACCCAAGUACACGAACAAUCUGACCCGGGCUAGCACCGUCGUACAGUCGGUGCAGAAGGAGAUCAAGAAUGAGCUGAGGGCACCGAUACGUGUGCUACCCAAGACAGCCAAGGAGGUCAACAAUCGGAAGGAGAAGGAACGUCAGAUCGGUCUAAGCUUACCGAAGGACGACUACGCAUGUCGCACCCGUCCAGCUGUGAGCGCUGUCGCAGACGAACCGAUACUGGUGGCAGUUGGAUCGGCGGAAACGCACGGUUACGAUAACGAAACGAGCAGUUCCGAUACGUCCGAUGGCAACUCAACGGCUGACAGCAGUCCAAACGUAAGUCCGUUUAAACGGCCGAACCUGCAGCAGCAACAAUCAUUACAAUGCUCGCAACCGCCAACGGCGGCCACACGCUGGAAGACGAAUAGUGAACGCAACCUGUCACAGCUCGCCAUUCAGAAGCUGGUAAGCGCAAGUCGGUGGGGCAGCAAGUGGCGCAAAGGAGCUACCAGGGGAUCACAGCAACUGGAGCAGGGUGAUGGGAACCAGCUGGCGGAGGAUGAUGAAGUUAUGGCGUCGGUGGGCAGCUGCAGUGAGUUGAGUCCGUUAAAGACGGGCACGAGUGGUGGAGGUGGAGGUGGUGUUGGCACGAUAGGUUCUACGACUGGCACGACAACAUCGAACAUCAUCAGUGGCAUCACACAGUCAAGCUCCAACCAAGGCUGGACGGUGACGGUCGCUGGAAACUACAACCCUGAAAUGGCACCGGAUGUUGAGAUGAGACUUAGCUUCCCGAAGGGUGCAACCGGUGGAGGAAGUGGAGGCAAGUCGGCUUUGACUAGCUCGGCGGCUACUGGUAGCUUAAGUCAUGCACCCCACACACCCACCGGGAGCUACAGUAACUCAAACGGAGGACCCUCUACGCUGACGACUGGUGCUGGACGGAAUCGGCAAGCGCAUCAGUUUGCGGACGGUGAUCAUCUGGAUGGUGUUGGGUAUCUCGGUGCUAGCAGAAGUACUUCCCGGGCAGGCGCCUUACCUCUGACAUCAUCCCAGGCACCGGGUACCCUUAAUCCGAGACGUAACCUAACACGCUCCGACGGAACAGGUGCUGGUACCACCAACAAGGAUUAUCGUCUUCCGAAUGUUGGCACAUCGCACAACAUUCUGGCAAGACCAACGGCGAGGAAAGCGAUUAAGACGGUGGAAUGUAGUGUCGUGGCGUCCGCAACCCGAACCAUCGCGAACAGCUACCAUCAGCUGUCACACCAGCAUCAGGCGGCAAACACUGGACAGCAGCAGCAGCAGCAGCAACAUCACAUGUCUUCACGUGUGCCACCGUUAGCAACGGGGCGCGGUGGUCGACCACGGCCCAGCAAUCAGCUGCUUCCUCAGCCUUCCGCACAAGUACUCCAUCCCACAUUGCAAAAUGGGAGCGGUGGAAAGUUCCUCUCAUCAUCCUCCCCUUCACUAGUGUCGCAACAGCAACAUCCAUCGCAGCGCUUUCACCAAACCGAACCGUCAUACCAUCUAGAAGACUAUGGCAAUGUCUACUAUGGUCAUCAGCAGCAAGCACCACAUCCGAGACGGAUGUCACUUGACAGCCAGCAACAGCAGCAACACCCAACAGGAUCGCCCAUAGCAACCGAUUGUCUGUCGGUCAUGGGUAAUGCGAUUGCUCCAGAGUUAAAACCAAGGGUACCGACCAUGAGCGAAAGGGACCUCACACGCAGACACCACGUGUGCUAUACCCGCACACAGCCUUACUUUUCGUAGGGCGUAGACAUAGCACACUAGAAGAUAUGGUAUGCCAUGUUAGAGAAGUACAGGUUCUUACACGUUUGGGCGAUGACAAUUCUCAGGACAGGUGUGGGCAACUACAAAGCGUCUCAUACAGCAAUGUGGUGGCUCAUCUUCUCCAUUAACAACCAGUUGACAACAAUCCUCUUCAGCAAUGGACUCUCUCACGUUUUGUUUUUAGUGUAAGAAA